GGCCCCUGGGCCACCGGUGGUCUAUAAAGACCCGUUCCACGCGCCAAGCCCCCCUUCCAUAUUCUUCCUUGUUCCUUGCUCGUUUUGCCUCCUGUUCCUGCGCGCUGAUCCAUCUCGCCGCUCGCCCAAGCUCCGAGUCAUCAAUUUCGCCUCUCCGCACAGCCACAAGGAACCCAGCGCGAGCCAUGACGGGGACCGGCGGCGGCGGCGGCGACGAGCACUACUCGCGGCAGAUCCGCGAGCUCUGCGCGCUGCUGCUCACGCUCGUCUCCCCCAUGCCGGCGCAGGCGCCGGGCCGGAUGUCGCCGGCCGCGGCGGCGUCCAUGCUCCUCGGCGCGUCGGUGGCGCUCAUGCUCUGCGGCUCCGUCACGUUCGCCAUCGGCCUCCUCCUCAUGCCCUGGGUCGCCGGCCUCGCGCUGCUCUUCGGCUUCGCCGGCGCCGUCUCCAACCUCUCCUCGGGCUUCUUCUUCGGCAAGCCCUCGCCGCGGGGGCGGAUCUGCUCCCCGAUCGACGCCGAUUUGCUCGUAGCGUAGCUCAAUCAGCAGCAGCAGCAGCAGCAGCGUAGAUUUGAUUUCUUCCUUCCUCAAUUACUACUACGAGAGCUGAUGAUCCCUGUAAAAAUGCGCCCUUUGUUGUAGGGCUCUCACAAGUCAUUCCCCGAGAGGCGUUUGCUUGUGGAUUAAAGGUAACGGCACAAGAAUUAAGUGAUUGUUUUUAACACUCCCAUGUUUUGAUUUGUUCUGAUGGUUGCAACGCCAAAAAAUAUAUAUAUUCUUGUUGAGGAGAAA